AUGCGGGUUUUGGCUUGUGUUUGGGCCGGCCUUUUGGCUACCCCGGUAGCAAGUAAAUAUAUCGUACCCGGCGGCAGGUGGCAAGAUACCAAUGGAUCGGUGAUUAAUGCCCACGGAGCCGGAAUUACCUUUGACAAGAAGUCUGGCCUGUUCUGGUGGUUUGGUGAAUAUAAAACGGAGGAGCAUCCGGAAGGUGGUGGUGUUUCCGUUUACAGCUCCGAAGAUCUAAGUGUUUGGACUCCGGGGGGAUUGGCGUUGGAUGAACUAAGAUUGACAACAAAACCAGCCCCCGUUGAGGGCCAUCCCUACAUUUCGACCAGCAACGUGAUCCAACGGCCUAAGGUCGCCUACAGUGCGGAGACUGAAGAUUAUCACAUGUGGUGGCAUGCCGACAACUCCAAGUACGGCCUUCUCCUUCAAGGUCACGCCGUUUCACCCAACAUCAGCGGCCCUUACACAUUCGUGGACGCAACCGCACCGCUUGGAAACUGGUCUCAGGACUUUGGCUUGUUUAACGAUUACAAGGAUGGUCGUUCAUAUGCCCUCUACUCCAACGGCGACAGUGUCGACGGGCGGGAUGUUUACAUCGCGAGCAUGAAUGACAACCUCACCUCUCUCGAAGACGUGGUGUAUCGUUUCCCCAAAUUUGAUCUUGAAGCGCCUACGAUCAUGCAGACUGAGAAAAGCUACUGGGCACUGAUGAGUCACAAGACUGGAUAUAGGCCAAACAACGUGGUGGCAUUCCGUGCCGACUCGCUGAAGGGUCCGUGGUCUCAACCAUUCAUCGUGUCGCCUCUCAACACAAGAACUUUCAACUCGCAAUCCGGCUUCACACUCAGAAUCGAAGGAAGCAAAAAGACCACUUAUCUUUACAUUGGAGAUCAGUGGGACUCAAACUCUGUUUGGGACAGUCGCUACAUAUGGCUUCCAAUCAAGACAGACGAAAAUGCCAAGACACUGGAGUUGGAAUGGCAUGAUGUCUAUGAUCUCAACGUGAAAACGGGUGAAUGGAAAUCCAUCAAGGGAACCACUUACCCUGCCAAGAAUGCGAAGGCGAUCGGUGACGCUUACAAGCAAGAAGCUAAUUUCGGCACGGAUGGCAUAAUCUUGACAGGAAUCUACGGCAACAGCAGCACUGUCACCUUUGAAAAUAUUGAAGGAUCUGGAAAGCCACAAUGGGUGUCUUUUUACUACCAAAACACCGAUGAUAUGGGCUUCGGUGACCAACCCGGUGGCUCCCCCGACCGUAUUGGUGGCUCGUGGCAGCUGCGCCGCAUCAGCAGCGUGAUCGUGAACGGAGAGGCAUCAAGCCUGCAAACCUUGUAUCAAAGAGACACCCACAAGGGUAUCAUCCUCUCCACUCCAUUGAAACUCACUUUAAAGAAGGGGAAGAAGAACACGAUCACGAUUGGUGGAUUAUAUAACGGGGUUGACUACAAGGGUGCGGACUUGGAUCGCAUCGUCGUUUAUCCUGCUGAGAAGUAG